CAUUUUCCACGGCUGACUAUAUAAACCUGAGUACGAGCUGUUGCACCUCAGUUGCAAACAAAGAAUUGCUACCAUGAGCUCGUUCAAUCUACUUGUUAUUUUCAUAGGAGUUGCACUUGCCAUUGCUGAAGUGUCCAGCCGACACGGUGGUUACGAUGAUCACGUGGAUUAUAACAGCCGUGCAAGAUGCCUACAUCACGAAAGAUACAGCGCGUGCGACGCUAAUCCAACAUGUCAGAAAACUUGUGAUAAUUUAGGUCAACAUGGUACACCUUGUCCAAGGACCAAGAUCUGCAUCGACGGGUGCGUUUGCGUCGAUGGAUAUGUACGUCGUAGAGUGAAUGGUCCAUGUGUCAGGGAACAGCUAUGUCCAAGAGUGAGACACUGAAAUCUGUAAAUUGUGCACGAUUGAUUAUGAAUAUCUUAUUCGGAGUUGAAUUGAUUUUGUUAAAUUAUUGGAUAAUAAAGUAUUGAUUUCUGGGUA